AUGAUUUCUAGAGGCGGAAGGCUAAGUUUGAGCCAAGGACUAGACAAGGAGAUAUAUCAAAUUGUAAGGAAAUUGGCAGAUGAACAGGCACAGAGCCAGAAAGGACCAAAGCGUCUCACAAUCUCUAUUGUCUAUGAUAGUAUCAAAAAUUCGAAUUCAAGUCUAAAAAGAAGAUCAAAAAAAUUGCUGGAAGAUUCAAUUGAUAGAGUGCUGUUGGUGUUGAAGGAAGAACAAGAUGAUAGUGAUUCCGUAGAUGGGGAUUUUGAAGGAUUGGAGGAGGCGGCACCACCGCUAAAAGAACAUAACAUAAUGAAUAAAAGUAUCACCAAAGGCUGGGGAAAACCAGCAACAUUACCUACAAUGAGCUCUCUGAGCGGUACGCCUUCUGCGAGUGGGGCUACUACACCUAUGGCUCAACUUCAGACCAACCCUCUCGGCAAUGGGGAGGUUGAAUCACCGAUGAAAUCAGAUCGACAAGCAAACGGGGAACCAAAAUCCAAACGUCGGAAAGCAGAACGAGAAGUUAAAAAAGAUGUGGAUAGGGCACCGCCGACGGACAUCUCGUUGGAGAAUCUCGGAGGAGUGGAUAAUGUUAUUGAGGAAUUGAACGAGCUUGUAGCGAUGCCAAUGCUAUAUCCGGAAACAUAUAUAAGGACGGGAAUUCAACCACCUCGAGGAGUUCUACUCCAUGGGCCACCCGGUUGUGGUAAAACGAUGAUCGCAAACGCCUUUGCUGCAGAAAUAGGAGUAUCAUUCAUUCCAAUAUCUGCACCAUCUUUAGUGGCUGGUAUGUCUGGAGAAUCAGAAAAGAAAAUUAGGGACGUUUUCGACGAGGCAAAACGUAUGGCACCGUGUCUUGUUUUCAUCGAUGAGAUUGAUGUCAUCAUGGGCAAACGUGAAAGUGCUCAGAGGGAGAUGGAAAAACGAAUUGUUGCUCAAAUGCUCACAUCCAUGGAUGACAUGGCUUUGGAGAAAACGGGUGGUAAACCUGUCAUUAUAAUCGCUGCCACAAAUCGACCUGACAGUCUUGACCCGGCUCUUCGAAGAGCGGGCCGUUUCAACAAGGAAAUCAAUUUGGGGGUUCCAAACGAAGCUGCUCGAGAGAAGAUUCUUCGUGCUCUUACUCAAAAGCUCGUCUUGACUGAUGACUUCAACUUUCAUGCUUUGGCAAAGAUGACCCCUGGAUUUGUGGGUGCCGAUUUAAAUGAUGUUGUGUCUGUUGCAGGUACAGAAGCAAUGAAGCGUAUGAUGGAAGCUUUGAAACAAAGAACUGCCUCUACCAUGGAACUUGAUACUCCAUUACGAAGUGCCACAUCCAUGGAGCUCGACACUCCGAUACUGAAGGAUAGCACCUCCGAAGCUCUUCUCGUUCUGAGGUCUCUCGUCGCAAAUGCUGGAGGCUCAGCUCCCGACGGUGAUUUUUCUAUCAAAUAUACCGAUUUUCUUGCAGCUAUACCCAAAGUUCAACCAUCGGCGAAACGAGAGGGAUUUGCAACAAUUCCAGAUACAACUUGGGCUCAUGUCGGUGCUUUGCACGAGGUACGAGAGCAACUCGAAAUGGCCAUUGUCGAACCAAUCAAACGACCGGAAUCUUUUGCUCGGGUUGGUAUCACAGCUCCAACAGGAGUAUUACUUUGGGGACCACCUGGAUGUGGUAAAACCCUUCUUGCUAAGGCUGUCGCCAACGAAUCUAAGGCCAAUUUUAUUUCCAUUAAAGGUCCUGAACUUCUCAAUAAAUAUGUUGGAGAAUCUGAGAGGGCUGUUAGACAAGUCUUUGAGCGCGCUAGAUCAUCCAUACCAUGUAUUCUCUUCUUUGAUGAAUUGGAUGCAUUGGUUCCCAAACGUGAAGACUCUUUGUCAGAAGCCAGCAGUAAAGUCGUCAACACCCUCCUCACUGAGCUUGAUGGUCUAAGCAAUAGAGCUGGUAUUUACGUUGUAGGCGCCACUAAUCGACCUGAUAUGAUUGAUCCUGCUAUGCUCCGUCCAGGUCGUCUUGGAACAUCAGUUUUCGUCGAUCUUCCAACUCCUGAUGAACGUGUGGAAAUCCUUAAGGCUCUCUAUAGAAAAGCACUGCCACUUGCCAGCGCACAAGAAAUCGAGGCACUAGGCCCAGUAGCGAGAGAUGAGAGGUGCAAUGGCUACAGUGGAGCGGAUUUGGGCAACUUACAUCAAGCUGCUGCGGUGGCAGCGUUGAAGAGGGAGAUGAGCAUGGUAGCACAGGGACAGGCGACCAUGGAAGAUGAGUUGAAGAUUGGAGCGGCGGACUGGGAGGUUGCGUUGGGUAAGAUAAAGGCGAGUGUUAAAGAUGCGGGGAAAUACAGGAGGUUGAGGGAUAGGGGAAUGUAG